UACCACCACUCGAAAAAGGUUGUUACACUUUGGAUAUUCCCAUUUCUGUUAGUCUGGCAGGCAUCGAGUGAGAUUUUCAUGUUUUAAUGAAUAAACAUUUCUUAGGAAUUUCACCAUGCUACUUGGUGUUGCGUUCCUGGUAGUUAUCCGCUUCAUCUAUGCUAAGGCGGGGGACUCGCAUCCCGCAACCGUAGUUGGGGGCGACGUCACUCUACCGUGUUCCCUCGGACCCGGCCACAGUGCCAUGGACAUGACGAUAGAGUGGCGAAAAUCAGAGCAGGAUAAAGGUCCAUAUGUACACGUUCGCCGGGGCAACAAAGACGAGACUGAUGAACAGAUACCGUCCUACAAUGGCAGGACCGCACUGUAUGGAACAGAUGAGUUGAGGAAAGGCAACAUUUCCCUGAAACUCUCCCGGGUUAAACUGUCGGAUGCAGGAAAUUACACAUGCUUUUUCAAUCGUAGCAAGGUGACUACAACCCGUCUCACUGUUGUUACAGCAUCUCCGGUGAUCUCGGUAUUGGGAGCCAGUGACGGGAAGGUGCGUCUACAGUGUGAGGCUACAACAUGGUACAAAGACGCUAAUGUAGAGUGGUGGGAUGGUGAGGGAGACGAACUCACCCCUGAGAAGGAACCAGAAAUAGUCUCUAAAGAUAACAAACACUACGUGAAAAGCUAUCUGACGGUACCAGAAAACAAGACGGAUGAAACCUUCACCUGCCGAGUUUAUCAAGCCAACAAGACUGCCCAAGCUCGAUCAGAAAAACUUAAAAGUGAUACAUUUUCAGGUGGUUAUAUAGCCUCAAUAACUAUAGCUGUUAUUGGAGGUCCGUUUGGUUUCUUUGUUGUAGGUUGGUUGGUUUGCCGUCAUUGUCAACAAGCAAGAAAUAGUGUGGCAAACACCAGCACAGCUCUAAACAGAAUACCCUUAACGUCUCUGGACCAAUAAGAACAGCGUACAAAGUAGUACUGUGUCAGCUUCAAACAUUUUUAAUCGACAACAACAUUUUUGACAUAUUUCAAUCUGGCUUUAGAAAAUGUCAUUCUACUGAAACGGCUCUUGUUAAAGUGCUGAAUGACAUCUUCUUGGCCACUGACUCUGGAGACUCAGUAGCACUGGUACUAGUAUUGGUAAAUCAAGUUGUGAAGGCAAGCUUUUACCAACUCCGAACCUUGGUUAAAAUGAAGUCCUUCCUCUCUUUCGCAAAUUUUGAAAAAGUUAUAUAUGGUUUUAUCACUUCUGGACUAUUGUAACUCGCUGUAUUUGGGGAUCAGUCAAUCAUCCAUUAACCGCCUUCAGGUAGUCCAAAAUGCUGCUGCCAGAGUAUAUAAGAAACUGUGACAUCAAUCCCAUGACACGCAUACACACAUACACAUUGUGACAUCACUUGCACUGUUUAAAAGACACAUAUCUUGACAGCAUUUAUACUGUAAAACUGGACCAUUAGCUUCAAUAAAUACUAGAAUGUAAGUUAAAAGAUAAAAAAAUAAAAAAAUACUUCACUAUGUUAUGUCUAUGUUAACACUCAGGUUAUAUCAUUGUUUUAUAUUCGUAUGGUUUUAAUUGUGAUGAUGAUUAAUCCUGAACUGACCUUAGUCUGUUGUGGUCAGAAAAAAACAAUGACAGACAUUUAAAAAAUGAAGCAGUGAAUGAUUCAUGAUGUGCUGCAUACAAAUCAGUUAUAUACAGUAUAUAUAAUAUUUUGUGAUUUUAUAUCAGAUUUUAUAUCUGUGAUUCUAACUGGUGAUGGUGAUGACUGAGUAAAUUUGUGCAUUUUAACAUGAAGAUCGUACAGUCUUGUGAUGAGAUUUCAAACUCAGGUUGUAUCAUUUUUAUAUAUGUGUGGUUUUGUGGUGAUGGUGAUGAUGAUGAGGAAUGUUACUAUGACAAUACUGUAACAUUACUGCACUGAUAUAAAUGUGUGCAUUGUAAGACAUUACAUGUACAUUUCUACAUUAUUAUCUAAUAUAUGAACAGUGAUUCUUUAAUACAUGAAUGUAAAAAAAAUAUGAACUUCUAGGAUAUAUACAUUGAUUUAAUUAACAGUUUCAAUCUUUUUUUAUACUAAGGAACACGAAAGCAAUGUAUACAUUUUUUUUUGUGAUGUAAAAGUUUCAACAUGUCUUGUUUUGACUAUGAUGAAUAAAAGUAGGAUGUGAACCAGA